AUGUUUUUAUGCACAGUUCUAGAGCAUGAACCAAAAGCCACAAGUAUGAAUGAUGAAGAGGAGGAUGAGGGAGAACAGUUUGACUUUGACAGUGGAGAUGAGAUACCAGAAGCAGACAGGCAAGCCCUUGUGCCACCACCUCCUGAUCCUGGAAAUAGCAUAGAACACCAAGAGGCUAACGCCACAGGGGCUGAUAAUUUAGAAAACGGCAAGAAGCUACAAACAUCAGAACCUGCUGUGGAAGGCGCUCCAGCCAAAGUAAAUCCCUACUCAGUCAUAAAUAUUUCACCCAUCCAAGACAAGGAUCCAUCCUCAUCACCCGAACCAAGUCCUCAAGAUGAACAUGCAAGUCCAAACUUGUCUGGUGGAUAUUCUGUUCCUGUCCCCUGUGGCUAUGCUGUGCCAUCUAAUUUACCUUUGAUACUGCCAGCAUACUCCAGUCCUGUCAUAAUCCGUAGCAUUUCUGUAGAUGAAGAAGGUACACAGUCAGCAAUGGAAGAAUGUCAUUGUAACUCUGUAAACUCAGAGGAGCAUCAAAAUAGUGAAGAUAACCAGACCAAGAGAGAGGAUGAUGCUUUAGCCAAGUGGGUUGCAGAUCCUGCAAAUACAGCAUGGAUGGAAAACCCGGAUGAAGUAAUUUAUGAUGAUGUGCCAAGAGAAAAUUCAGACUCUGAACCAGAGGAAAUGAUUUAUGAUGAUGUUGAAAAUGGUGAUGAUGGUGGAAACAGCUCACUGGAAUAUGGGUGGAGUUCAAGUGAGUUUGAAAGCUAUGAAGAACAGAGUGAUUCUGAGUGUAAAAAUGGAAUUCCCAGCUCCUUUUUGCGAGGCAACCACAAGAGGCAUCUUUCUCAUGACCUAACGCGUUUAAAGGAGCAUUAUGAGAAAAAGAUGAAAGAUUUGAUGGCAAACACUGUGGGAGCAGUAGAGAUUCAGCAGCUAAAGCAAAAACAUGAGCUGAAGAUGCAAAAACUUAUGAGAGCUGCUAGAGAAGGUACCAAAGACGGGCUCGAAAAGACAAAAGCAGCUGUGAAAAAGGGUCGUUCUUUCAUUAGAACAAAAUCUUUUAUUUCUCAAGAUCAUAGAUCAUCAUGCCUGGAAGAAGAAGAGCUAAAUUUAUUUAUUGAUGUGGACUGUAUGCAUACAGAAGCAAUUAUGACUCCUAUGCCUGAAGGAUUAUCACAGCAGCAGGUUGUGAGAAGGUAUAUAUUGGGCUCUGUAGUUGACAGCGAGAAGAAUUAUGUGGAUGCUCUCAAAAGAAUCUUAGAGCAAUAUGAGAAGCCCCUUUCAGAUAUGGAACCAAAAUUACUGAGCGAAAGAAAACUCAAAAUGGUCUUUUAUCGAAUUAAGGAAAUUCUUCAGUGCCAUUCAAUGUUUCAGAUUGCGCUGGCGAGUCGUGUAUCUGAGUGGGACUCUGUUGAAAUGAUUGGUGAUGUCUUUGUUGCUUCAUUUUCUAAGUCUAUGGUAUUGGAUGCAUACAGCGAAUAUGUAAACAACUUCAGUACAGCAGUGGGGAUUCUCAAGAAAACGUGUGCCACCAAACCUGCCUUUUUAGACUUCUUAAAG